GAAGAAAAAGAAAGUAAAAUGUGAUUUGACUCCGACUUUCGAGUCCCAAGAAAUUCCAUUUAUCAGCUAAUUUUUGAAUCAAAAUGUAAACCCUAAGCCGUCAUGUCGGUGGUAGAUGCUGCAUCCUACCUGAAGGAUGCCACAAUAGGUGCAGGGAACGUUUUUCGGGACACUGUUGUUAGAUUUUGUCUGUCAUUUUGUACCGUGGUUGCUUUGGUAUGGGUUGCGGUUCUCAUGUACAUCAGCUUCUACUAUGCAUAUAUGCCGACAGUUCACUACACUCAGCCAGUUUACUUACAAUUCUCGACGGACUGUAACAGCAGACCACGGGAAGGUCUCUGUUCUUUCCCUGAAGCUAAUGUGAGCCUUAGUAAAGGCGAGAGGAUAUUGAUGAGAGGCCAAAAGUAUCAAGUGUUUCUUGAUUUAGACAUGCCUUAUUCACCUGUAAAUGAAAGACUAGGAAUGUUCAUGGUGAAUGUUAAUUUUUUGUCAAACUCAGGGAAGGUUGUAGCUACAUCAUCAAAAUCAUGUAUGCUUCACUUUAGAUCAGCCCAUUUAAAAGUCAUGUAUUCGGUGUUCAUGGCUCUCCCUCUUAUAUUUGGCUUCACUGAAGAGAAACAGAGUGUACCAGUGAAGUUAUUUGAAAAUUAUGUUGAUGAUUCAUACCAUCCAGUGACUAGUGUUAAAAUCAUUAUCAUGGCAAAGCAUGUUGAAAUAUAUGGUGCUUUACUAAGAAUAGAAGCACAGUUUUCAGGUCUAAGAUUUAUUCUGUUCAAUUGGCCUAUUACAUCUGCCUUGGUCUGCAUAUCAGCAAAUUUUAUCGUCAUCUGUAUCAUCUUUUUCUUUGCUUACAAUGCCUUUACUCCUGAACCGGUUGAACAAUCUGUUAUUGAGGCAGAAACAGAAGAGGAUGGUCAGGAAAGGCUUUACAGCGAAGCACGAAGGAGAGACUUAGGUAGCAGUGUGCGUAGAAGACCAAGAAGCCCAGUUAGAAUAACAUCUGCAUCUUCUGCACAAGAAAAUGGUAGGUCCAGCAUACCAGCCAUUUACACAAGAAACAAAGUACCUUAUUUACACUACAGUGCUUCGUCCCUGCACAUUUCAACUCCCCGCAAAAACAUACCACCACAGCGAAGGCUAAGAUCUGCAUCUUUUCCUUCGUUCAGGUGGGAAACAAAUGACUUUCAAGCAGCGUCUGGUUGGCAUGUGGGAGAGAUUAUACGUAGUUCACCCUGUACACCAUGUGGAGACCGUACGCCUGUGCAUUUUGGGUUUCAGGUGGGUAAUACUCAAAAUUGUUCUAUCCCUGGUUAUGUUACUGCUAAAGACAGUAGAGUUAACGAGAGCAAGUCUGGGAUGGAUCAUGAACCAUCCACCACAUCAUUCACAGUGAUUAAGAAAAGUGAUUCAGAAGAGAAGAUUUCCUUACUGAAUAAGAAUGAUAAUAUUGGACAUAACAGUGAAGCUAAGGUUGGUAACUCUGCUAUUGAGGGCAAACCACACCCAAAGUUAUCAUCGUACACUAUAAUUGAACCCAAGUCAGGCAAACAGUUCUAUAGCUAUUCAGAUUUUGAAGUCAAGAAAGCCAUUGCUAUCAAGGAAAAGGAAAAUGAUCCAAUCACGGAUAAGCAGUUGAAUGGGAAUGAACACUUGAAGAUGGUAGAAGAAGAAAAGAAGUCUAUAUUGAGGAGGAGGUCUACGAACAAGACACGAUCAAAGUUUGGAUUGACUUUUAAGAGGAUGUUACCAAAGAGAUAGCACACCACGUGAUAGGGAGAAGGUGAAAAAUCACACAGGAAGACCAAAGAGAAAAGUCAUUUAUUUGGCGAAAGGAAGAUAAGGCAGUCUAAUUGGUUUCAAAAUGCACCAAAAUUCAAGGUAGACAAUCCACAGGAAACCAGCUAGAGUAUCUGAAUCCACAGGAAGACCAGUGAGAGUAUCAGAAGAAGACCACUUAUGGUCUAUGACUAGAGUAUCCAAGAAUCCACAGGUAGUUCAAUUCAUAGUUCCGACUCCCCUUAGUAAUCAAUGCUAUGUCCCACAAGCUUAACAAAAUAAUAAUGAUUUAGAAUAUCUCAGAAUUUUAGACUCUGAUCGCGGAAAAUUGAUUAUAAAUUGUUUCAAUAGUUUACUCUCAUGCGAAAAGAAUAGAAAAUUGUCUCGUAGUCCUUGUAGUACUCUUUAAAACAGAUGCUGUGUAGUUGUUCGUUGGACAAGCUUUUAAUUCCACUGGAAAACUACUACAACGGUGAUUGGUUCGCUAUCAUCUGAGUUAGAACUAUGAAUUAUAGCCCACAUUUAGAGUAAGCAUUGUUAAAAUUGUUGCAUUGUAUAGGUUGCUAUCAAUAGACGUCACUUCCGGUAA